UUUAAGUCGAACUGCUUCAAGAACCUCGCUACUGAGAAAUGGCAUGUAGCUUUUCAGCUGCGAAACUAUUUUACUGAUAAAUUCGCGGGGCAGCGAUGAAAAGUUUCUGUCCGCGUGUCUGUAGCCUAUUGUGUGUGUGUGCGUCUGUGAGAGAGAAUGGGAAGUGAUUUCCGCUUACAUAAAAAAGACUCGGUGAUGAAGUCAUGCGCUUACAAGUCCUUCUGUGACAAGUCUCCCAUGAGCAAUGGAGAGAUGAAGCUGGAAUGCUGCUUCAACGACGACUGUAACGGCCCUCACCGGUCCCACAGCCACGGGGAGCACGAAAACACCGCCAUGAGCCUGAGCUCCAGCCCCGUCCUGCUGCUGGGGGUCCUGCUGCUUAGACUGGCUCUCAGUUCCCUGUAAACCUGAACACAGAGACCUUUAGUCAUACAUGUUACAUAAAUACAUGAAUAAAUGAUGGAGUAAAGGUGUUAAUGUAACUGAUAGAUGAGCUUUUGUCUGUUGGGCGGCAGAAUAAUCUGUGUUUUUGCUGUUAUACACGUACAGGGGUUAAAUAAACACUGCUUAGAUUUGGUGUUCAUCUCUUUUAUUUUCUGUUGUAUGAGCUCAUAUGAGAAUCUGCUAAACUAAUGAAUAAAUG